GCAUGCGCAGCCUCCAUGCUGCGCGCCGCUUCCAGAGCCGUGAGCCGCGCCUGGGUCCGCGGCGCGCGUAGCCCGGGUCGGUCCGGCUCUCCGCGCCUCUUCGCCAUGUCUGGGCCUCCGGCGCAGCGGGCCGCUUCGGGCGCCCCGGCCCGGCCCGCCACGGUGCUGGGCACCAUGGAGAUGGGGCGCCGCAUGGACGCGCCGGCCAGCGCGGCGUCGGUGCGCGCCUUCCUGGAGCGCGGCCACACGGAGCUGGACACGGCCUUCAUGUACUGCGACGGCCAGUCCGAGAGCAUCCUGGGCGGCCUGGGGCUCGGGCUGGGCGGCGGCGACUGCAGAGUGAAAAUCGCCACCAAGGCCAACCCUUGGGAGGGAAAGUCACUGCAGCCUGCCAGUGUCCGGUCCCAGCUGGAGACUUCACUGAAGCGGCUGCAGUGUUCACGAGUGGACCUCUUCUACUUGCAUGCACCUGACCAUGGCACCCCUGUGGAGGAGACGCUGCAGGCCUGCCACCAGCUGCACCAGGAGGGCAAGUUUGUGGAGCUUGGGCUCUCCAACUAUGCCUCCUGGGAGGUGGCAGAGAUCUGUACCCUCUGCAAGAGCAAUGGCUGGAUUAUGCCCACUGUGUAUCAGGGCAUGUACAACGCCACCACCCGGCAGGUGGAAACGGAGCUCUUCCCCUGCCUCAGACACUUCGGACUGAGGUUCUACGCCUACAACCCUUUGGCUGGUGGCCUUCUGACAGGCAAGUACAAGUAUGAGGACAAGGACACCAAGAAGCCCCAGGGCCGCUUCUUCGGGAAUAGCUGGGCUGAGACCUACAGGAACCGCUUCUGGAAGGAGGACCACUUCAAGGCCAUCGCCCUGGUGGAGAAGGCCCUGCAGGCCGCCUACGGCCCCAGUGCCCCCAGCAUGACCUCGGCCGCCCUGCAAUGGAUGUACCACCACUCCCGGCUGCAGGCCACCCACGGGGACGCGGUCAUCCUGGGCAUGUCCAGCCUGGAGCAGCUGGAGCAGAACUUGGCAGCCACUGAGCAAGGGCCGCUGGAGCCGGCUGUCGUGGAGGCCUUUGAUCGAGCUUGGCACCUGGUUGCCCACGAGUGUCCCAACUACUUCCGCUAGUGAUGACAUGGUUCUGGCUGCCUCUUUGAUUCUCUCACUCUGGUCAAUCUCUGCCUUACACUAAUUUAGCAUGAUUUUUCCUGUAUCCAUCCAAACAGUAUUUUUCUAGAUUCGGGCCCUGCUCCCAGAUGCCUUCAGAAUGUAGAAAAGCUAGGACAAAGUCCCACACCAGCAUUUCCUGUCCAAAUAAAGCAAGCACCUGGCCUGCCUC